CGCCUGGGACUCUGAGAGAAGAAAGAGAGAGAGAGCUAUAUGUCAUUUACAGGAUAUCAACCCAAAAGAUAGAAAGACGCAGCAGAUUGGCGCAGCGCAUUACGCACGGACUCCACUUUGGAUGCCUCACUGCUAUCGCCUCCUUGGAGAUGUAGUUGCAUUCUUGAGAAAAUCCCAAGAAGGCAUUUGUUGUUACUAGUUGAUGAGAGGAGUGAGAGCUGUUCAGGCUCCGUUUCCUGUUUGCCAGCGCGCCGCAGCUGGCUGAACCCCGCAGGGCGCUCCAACCCCCGGACCCCCGGACCCCGAGCCCUGGACCCCCGAUCCCCGGACCCCGGACCCCUCACCACAACCUCCGGACAAUGUGCGACCUGAUGCCAGCCUCACAGGCCCCGCAGAAGAUCGGGAAAAUGAAAAAGUUGAGGAGAACUUUGUCGGAGAGUUUCAGGAGUAUUGCUUUCAAGAAAGAGGACAGCGGCUUUGAUGAGAUAUGUGUCACAAAGAUGUCCACACGCAGCUGCCAGGGAACAGACUCUGUCAUCAAGCCCCUGGACACCAUACCUGAGGACAGGAAGGUGAGAGUGCAGCGCACGCAGAGCGGCUUCGACCCCUUCGAGAAGCCCGUCAGCCAGGUGAAGAGGGUCCACUCGGAGAACAAUGCCUGCCUCGCCGCCAAGACCACGUCCGCCAGCAAGGAGUCGCCCAAACUGCGCCGGCACUCCAGCCCCAGCUCUCCUACAAGCCCCAAGUUUGGAAAGGCAGACUCCUAUGAGAAGCUGGAGAAACUGGGAGAGGGAUCCUAUGCUACAGUUUACAAAGGAAAGAGCAAGGUGAAUGGGAAGCUGGUGGCUCUGAAGGUGAUCCGUCUGCAGGAGGAGGAGGGGACGCCUUUCACCGCCAUACGAGAGGCAUCCCUCCUGAAAGGCCUGAAGCACACAAACAUCGUGCUCCUGCAUGACAUCAUCCACACCAAGGAGACCCUGACGCUGGUCUUUGAAUAUGUGCACACAGACCUGUGUCAGUACAUGGACAGACACCCUGGGGGGCUCCACCCGGACAAUGUGAAGCUGUUCUUGUUCCAGUUGCUGAGAGGCCUGUCCUACAUCCACCAGAGGUACAUCCUGCACCGCGACCUGAAACCACAGAACCUGCUCAUCGGAGACACCGGAGAGCUGAAACUCGCUGACUUCGGCCUGGCCAGAGCCAAGUCGGUCCCCAGCCACACCUACUCCAACGAGGUGGUGACCCUGUGGUACCGGCCCCCUGAUGUCCUGCUGGGAUCCACAGACUACUCCACCUGCCUGGACAUGUGGGGAGUGGGCUGCAUUUUCGUUGAGAUGAUCCAAGGAGUGGCUGCCUUCCCCGGGAUGAAGGACAUCCAGGACCAGCUGGAGAGGAUAUUCCUGGUCAUCGGCACCCCGUCAGAGGAGACCUGGCCUGGUGUUAAUUCUCUGCCUCACUUCAAACCAGACCGCUUUACAGUGUACAGCCCCAAGAAGCUCAGACAAGCCUGGAAUAAGUUGGGCUACGUGGACCACGGCGAGGAGUUGGCCUCCAGGUUCCUCCAGUGCUUCCCAAAGAACCGGCUGUCUGCCCAGGCAGCGCUGAACCACGAGUACUUCAGCAACCUUCCUCCGCGGCUCUGUGAGCUGCAGGACAUAUCUUCUAUCUUCACCGUACCAAAUGUCAAGCUGCAGACAGAGAGCGGGGACAGCAUACAGGUGUGUGCGCGCAGGAACAGCCAGGGGAAGGCUUCCUCUGGAGGCAAGCACUGACCUGAGGCAGCAUCCUGCUGACAGGCGGCUGCUGUAAAGAAAGCUGAAGACAGAGAUGCUGAGACGGAGCAUCCAGACGAGCGGAGGAGCCCCAGUUCUCUUUAUUUAUUACCUUCACAAUGUGUGUGAGUGGGUGUGUGUGUGCGUGCGCGAGUGCCGUGUGCACGAGAAAGCAUAAGCAUCGAGUAUAGAUAUGAAUGCAUGUGAGCAUUAUGAACGGUACCUAAGAUUUCAGGCUAUUAUUUGCAUACGAAUUUUUGUUUACUUUUUAUAAAGUCACUCAUAUAUCACGGUUACAGUAUAAACAAAUGGACUUUACUAUUGGUACAUAGUGUGUUUUGUGUUUUUAACUAGCCUCCUAUUUAAGAAUGUAUAUUUCUAUGUAUGAUAUACUCAUCUAGAAACUAUGUAAUGGACAAUUUCAAUAUUGCUUCAUCUUUUCACCACUUUACUGCUCAUGCCAAGACACACAACUCAACAAACACACACAGGAGACGUGCAUACAAGCAAACAUCUUCUAGUAAACAAAAACAAUGCAGACCACGAAAUAAUUCGUUUUCCAUUUCUUUCUUACCAGAUGUAACUGUAAUGUGUGGAACCGCAGAGCGAUAGUAAUAAUAAUAAUAAGGGGUUUCUGCUGGUGUAACACAUCCUCUGGCAGCCAUUUUGGAGGUGCUUCUUUAAUUGCUGAGAACAGCUAACGUUAUUUUACAUGUUAAGAAAUGGUUCAUAUGCAUCUAGUUUAAAGGCUGUACUUCCAUUUAAUGACUGGUACACACGGCUGAUAGCUUUAAGCUAGUGGUAAAUCGUGGGUUUGUGUUUUUACUUACCAUUUUAUUAUUGGUGUUUUCCUUAUGGGAAAUAAUAAUAAAAGAUACAUCUGUAAACUGUUGAUACUGCAGAAUACCUCAAACUGCAACCAAGAUCAAUAAUUAUUCUCUGUAUUAAGAGUUUUCGAACAGUUUACAUAACUGUCCAACUUUCCCAGAGGCAAGAAAAGCAAUUUGUAUGUGUGACAUCAUGUCAGUGUAGUCUGUGAGGCCUCUGGGCUGAAGGAAAGAGACUCAUCUGCAUAUACAACGCGCCACACAACACGUACAAAAUACAAAAAAGAUCAAAUAUAUUUGCAUAUUUGGUGCAUCCAUUAACUAACAAGCCUCACAUUUUCUCAUUUGCACUUCGAAAUAGUUGUAGACAUGGGUUUCUAAUAUUUGCUAUUAAUACUUUUUGUGGACUUUUCAAUAUUUGCAAUGCAACAGAAACGUUUGUGAGUGAAAUAUUAUCAUAUCCAUUAGAAUGAUGGCCAAACCCUUGUGGUAAAAUAGUUGAUGUAAUGUUUCAAAUGGACCCCCAUGAGUUCAGUGUCAGCUGGAAGCCCCUCUGACGUAGAAGGUCUCUGCUGGAGAUGUUGACGGUGCACACAUAAGAAACAGGGACAGCACCAACCAGUGUGCAAUAACCUUACUGAGGACAGCUGAAAGUGUGUGUGUGGUUUGUGUAUGUGUGUGUUUUAGUGUAUUAAACAUGGGCAAUAGCUAAGCAUUGGUGCUUCCAUCCAUGCAUAUGAGCUAAUGUACAAAGGAUUAAAUACCAAGGCAAUAGUUUGUGUGGCCUGUCGUUGAUUUAGCCCAGGACAAUCCUCCCUUUCACUUUAUCUAAUACCAUCCAAAUAUCUGCAAUAUUCUAUCAGGAUCAGAAGAUUUAUGACAAUAACUGCAGAUUUUUUUAGUUCAUCUGACUAAAAUUGAAUGAGUCUUAGUCCGUCUUUCGAGUUAUUCGACUAGUGUUGAUCUGAUAACUGCUUGAUUCAAACUUGUCGGUUGUAUUGUUGAGGACUGAAGGAAGUGUUGUACAUUAGUUUGGAUCAGUGGUCCUAAAGAAUUCUGCCAGCAGCAAUAGUGGAGGCCAAGCAUUCUGCCAAACGGGCCUGAUACGUUUUAAGAUGAAUCAGGAGCUAUUUUUAUCCGGCAAAUUAAACAAGUGUAUGGAUGAGUGAGUUUCAGUGUGUGGUAGUGUGUGUGCAGUAUGUGAGAUAUAGGGGGUGGUUAACGUUGAUCAAUCCCUCCUCCACAUACAGAGACUGCUCUUACAUGUGUGCCCCUCAACAUCCUACCCUUAGUUAACGUUGUCAAACUUUUUAAGACUCAAUACGAAAGUCAGAUGUAUAACGUGAUAUCAUCUGCAAAGAAGUUUAUACUAUUUUAUGCUCUUUCUUUUUAUGUUUGGUGUGAAAAUAUCUGAAUAUUACAGCUUAGAUGUAUGGUGAUAAUUGUGAAGUACUAUCAAUACAAUGGCUUCCUCUUUAACAAUAAUAUUGGCACUGCACUGUUGAUUCGCCGAAGAGAGGAGGCUGCAAAUAAACGAUUGAGAACUGUUGAUGGUUAUAAUGUUGCUCCACGGCCUAUCAAACACACUCACACACACAUUUAUAAUAUAGAUGUCUUGCCUGCUAGAUUACCCUUCAGCUACAGUACAGUGUAACCCUGCAGCCCCCAGCUGCUGUUUGCGUUGCAGUCUGUUGCAUUCAAGGACAGGGGGGGGCUUUCUUCAUGUCUAUCAUUAUAUAACACUCGCGUAAUGUAAUCAUCCCUCUUCUCCAUACCUGCUAUGAAGUGAUAUAUUUCAAAAUGCAUUCCAAAGUUCAGCUGUAACUAAUAUGGGGCUUCCACAGUCUGAGAUAGCCUAACUUGUGGAAGUUAGUUGACACACAUUUCUCUCAAGAAAAAUAGCUCAUAUGUUUCUGUGUUUUUUUAAAUCUUCCAAUGAGUUGGGAGAUUCACGAAAAAUAUCAUUUGUAAAGUUUGGCUGAGGUAGAAAACGUAGUGUAUCAACAUAAACAACAUUGACUCAGCAAUGAGAUCAGGAUGUACAUGAAGCUUCACUGAAGAGAGGAAAAAUGAAACAUAAAUUCUGUAGUAUAUGGAAAGGACUUUGACUAGCGUCUUGUUGUGCUGAAUAUUAUUUUUGGCUGAACUUUGGAUUGGAUUUGUGCACAGAACAACGACUGUAGACUUUUCCUAUAACUUUUACAGUAUAACAACUUCAGUUAAGAUUAACAAAAAAUAUAUAUCUGAUCUUAUCAUUUAAAGGAGGGAAAGCAAUGACGAGAAAGAAUCUGAUCAUGAAGUGCUCUGACUGAGUUCCACAGAGAGGGUAGUGGCUCUGAGGCAAAAUAAACCAUUGACUCCCCAAACAGCGUUUUGAAAAUGCACUUGAAAUAAAAAUCAGUUUGCCCUACAUUCCAACCUGUAUGGUCCCUUUUAUGCACUUGCUUUACCCUUAAUGAUAAAUAUAUAUAUAUAUAAAUACACAUGUAUACAGUGUACUGUAUAACUAUCUUGCUUUUCCUGACGCAAAGCAAACCAGCCCAUCUUACAAAUGUAAAUAUCAUCCCUCGAUUCUAACCUUUACCACAGAUUGAGGAGAGCUCAUAGAAACGCUGUACUGGAAGAUAUCUCGCAGGUUCUUACGUUCAGUAAGCACAGCCAGGCUGUGAUUGUGCGGCAGAAAAAAAGGGGACGAGAGGGGUGGGUAAAGCUAGCGAAGCGCCAUGACAGAAGAGGGUUAAUACCAUGGAGCUAUGCUAAGAUUGCCCAGCCUCGUGUGGCUUUAAGGGGUCGACGGCAGUAUUAGCAGCUGAAUUAUUAUGUUGGCAUGAUUCUCCUUUCGGUGUGGCACACAUCGCUUUGUUUGCCCCUCAACACUCUUACUAGUCUUGUACAAAAACGUAUAUUUUUUAGUCCUGUGUGAGCAGAGUUCCUAAAGGCACUUAAAUGUUAGUCAUAUAUUUCAUUAAAAAAAGUCAAGGAAAGACUGGUGGAGUUGCACAUAUAGCACUGUGACAGAAAAAAUGUUAUUCUAGAAAGGUCAUAGGUGGAAAUGGAUCAGUUGGUGACACACCUUCAAUGAAGGCAAAACGUGAUGCUUCCACUUUGUUUGUAUACAGGGUUGCAAAGGUCCCCUUCCCUAAAUGCUAUCAAAGAGAAAUCAUAUCUGUUUUUUGGCUUUCUUUAUCUCGAGGGGGGGGGGGGGGGUGGUCUUGGUAGGAAAAACAUUUGGAACACUUCCAACGUGCAUCCUCGCUGUGCUGAACAAUGAAUCUGUGUUUGCAACUUUUUUCAAUGAAGCUUCUCUUGCGUUUUCUUUUUGUAUGCUGCACUGAAAAUAGAUGAUUUUCACUAGUGGUUUGGAAAACAGAAAUGUUGUCGGUCACUUCAUCCAGUGAACAAUAUAGAAUACAGUAGAAUAGCUGUUGCAUUAUUUGUUACGACCCGUAUGUACUGUUAUUAUGGAAGAUGUAAUGUCCUUCUGUAAAUGUUGUUUAAUGUUGUUUUACCUGAAAUAAAAUGUAUUAAUGCUU